UCACCUCCGGGUGCCACCUGAAAAGUGGUGUAUCACCAAAGCGGAGUUCUUUGCAUUUGUUGAAGAGAUACGAAGCCUCUGGGAAAGUGGCAGAUGGAAGAUUGACUGGCAUGGGACUGCCCACUCAGGCUAUUCACACAGCACUUCUUCCUCAGCCACAAGGAGAUUCACUCAGUUCUUUUCCGAUGAAGUCACUGGGCCCAACCUCUACGAAGUCAACGAGCGCUUCGUGAAGCCCUUGACGCGCGAAGCUGGCGGAAUGAGUUAUGCCUUGAUGAAGCAUCCAAGUGGCCUCCUAUGCCAAAUCUUCAUCUCCCACGCCUGGGCGGAAGGUAUUUUCGAGCUUGGGGACCAUGUUAGACGUGCAUGGCCGCGGAUGCACAGGCUGCACAAUUUGUACUGCUGCCUCUUGGCAAACCCGCAGAAUUUGGACAUGAGCACAUGGCUCGAUGGGCCACCAGCGGAAACUCCCUUCGCACGGGCGAUGCAAAGCGCAUCACAUGUGUUGAUCAUCCCAAACAGCACAGUGGGAAUUUACACGCGGCUGUGGUGUGUGUACGAAGCUUACCUUGGAACCCAAUACAAGAAGACGUGUAUCAUGCCAGCACGGCCGAAAACAACUGCACAAUGCAGGAUUUUAUUUCUGACCGUUCUUCUCCCCAUAGUCAUUGGCCUUGUCUCAGGUCUUGCGUUGGUUUUGAUUCCUCUUGAAGACUUGCAUUUGAAAAUGAUGGCGGACGGACUAUUCCUUAUGGCGUUUCUGACCACCAUCCUUUGCUUCGGAAUAUCACCAACCUUCAAGUUGUUCAAAGGUAAGUGUCCACAUCGUUGCAUUCACCAAAAUAUGAAUAUUUUGCGUGCGAUCCAUGUGGUGCUGAUGUGCAUACUGACACUGGUAGCUUUUCCGUGGACGAUGCUGCCGGGCCCUCAUUUCACACCUUCCAAUUUCGAUCACUAUUUCAUUUUGUUUGGGACGUGGCUCUUCAAUAUCUUGCGCGUUACGCAGCUCAAUGAAGAGUUAUUGGAAGACAGGGAGUUGGAACGGCAAGCCACCAAUUUGGAUUUCACAAGCCUGGCAGAUGCCACGUGCUCCGAUCAGCGUGACGAAGUGCGUAUCCGCGAAGCCAUUGCGGGAUUUGAAAGUGAGGUUGAAAUUGCUAUCCUGAUCCUGAUGAAGGCGGGUGCGUAUGAUGACAGUUUGCGCAGAGCGUAUGAAGAUGGAGCGAACAUCACUGGCCUGGGAACAACGGAUCUGGUGGUGAAGACCAGUGUGGCGACUUUGCUAUGGUUACUUUGUGCAGCCCAUUGUUUCGCAGUAUUUGUCUUACAGGAUAGUGAUGUGUGCUUCCAACACGGAGGCCAGUCAGUCUUGGUUCAGGGACAGGUUUCAGUGACAAUUUGCACAUCAGUUGCCUUGUUUGUGCCCGUCACCGCCUUUCUAAUGGAACGACGUGGGCCAGAACAAGGCGUCUUUGGCAUACGUGUUUGGAUCAUUUCCGCAACAUAUGCAUUGGGAAUCCCUGCGGUGUUCGAGGUUACGGAAUUUCUCAUUGAACAGCAAAUUUGGUUCCUGCAGCUUCCAUUUGUGGAUAAAUAUUGUCCAUCCGGCCCUGUAGUCUUCUUGUUAAUCUGGUUUCCUGUCAUCAUGGCGAUUUGCGCGCUGGCACUUCUGAUGCUUGGGCAAAACUUAUGGCUGUCGUGGAACUUUAGAGGUGCGACCAUGGAGAAAGUCAGUUCCAGCCCAGAUUCGGAUAGCAAUGAGUCCAGCACAUCGUGAAAA